GCCGCGAGGCGGGCCGGGGCGUGUCCUCGGGGGGUAUAUAGGCAGCCGGAGGGGCAGGGGUCUGCACUCUGCCGCCACCGCCCCUGUCUCCAGCAGCUUCUAUGCAGUCUGCAGCCGUCGCCGCUCUCCCCUGCGUUGAGCCCGCGCCGGCCUCCCCGACUAGGAUGGAAGAGGAAUUGGCAGCUCCUUCCACUUCCACAUCCACAGACAAGACAGACAGUAUGGAUGUGGAUGGAGAAUCAAAGAAACUGUUGGGUCUAGGACAGAAACACUUGGUAAUGGGAAAUAUUCCAGCUGCUGUUAAUGCAUUCCAGGAGGCUGCGAGCUUACUGGGAAAAAAGUAUGGUGAGACAGCGGAUGAGUGUGCAGAAGCUUUUUUUUACUAUGGAAAAUCUCUCCUGGAGUUGGCAAGAAUGGAAAAUGGUGUGCUGGGAAAUGCCUUGGAAGGGGUGCAGGUUGAAGAGGAAGGGGAAAAAGCUGAAGGAGAUUCUGCGUUACCAACUGUUGAUGAAGAUGCAAGGGAGGAGUUGAGAGAACAGGUAUAUAACGCCAUGGGGGAAAAAGAAGAGGCCAAAAAGUCUACAGAGGAGUCUCCAGUACUACCUGAAAAGGAAAUCAAAGAGGAGAAUGUUGAAGUGAAAGAUAUCCCAGGAGAAGCAAUUGCUGACAAGGAAGUAAAGCUUGAAGAGGCUGAAGAGAAGGUGGAGGCUUCUGUGGAAACAGUAACUUCAGAAGAGCAGAAACAGCAGGUGGCUGUGGAAAAUGAGGCUACAAAGGAGGAGGCAGCUGUGGAAGAGAAGGUAGUGGAAAAAGAGCAGAAGAUGGUGCCUGAAGACAAGGUAGCAGAGGCAAGUGAGAAGGAAAGAACGACAGAAGUGUCAGACAAGGAGACAAAGGCAGCAGUGGAAGAGGCUGAGGCUGGAGAAUUGGCGGUGGGAGAGCGGACAGCAGAAGCAACAGAAAAAGAGCCAGCUGUGGAAAAGAGAGAGGCUGUAGAAGGGCAGGCAGAGGCAGCUGUGGAAGCGAAGGCAGUAGCACAAGUGACAGCAGAAGUGCAGGCACCAGUUGCUGUGGAGCAGAAAGAAGUUGCAGAAGGGGAAGCAGAAGGAGCUGAACAGAAGGUGGAGGAGAAACAAGAGCCAGUAGAGACAGCUACAGAGGAGAAACCGGAUGAAUCUAAAGAGACAGAGUCCUCAAAGGAACCUGUGCCCACAGAGGGCAAAGAGCCGCCUAAUGACAUGGAAGAAAAGGCUGAAGUAGCUGCUAAGGUAGAGAAAGAAGAAAAGAAAGAUGACCUGAUGGAAGAGGGUGAAGGUGCUAAGGUAGAAAAAGAAGAGAAAGAUGACCUGAUGGAAGAGGGAGAAGAAACAGAAGAAUCUGAAGAGGAAGAUAAAGAAAAUGAGAAAGCUGAAGAUAAGGAGAACGAAUUGACAGUGGAAGACAAGUCUUUACAGGAAAGUGAGGAGGAUGAAAUUGGAAAUCUUGAGCUAGCCUGGGACAUGCUGGAGUUGGCAAAAGUCAUCUACAAGAGACAAGAGACAAAAGAAGCUCAGCUCCAUGCUGCUCAAGCUCAUCUAAAGCUAGGAGAAGUUAGCGUUGAAUCCGAAAACUACACACAGGCUAUCGAAGAGUUUCAGGCCUGCCUGGCCCUGCAGCAGAAGUACCUGGAGGAUCACGACCGCCUGCUUGCCGAGAGUCACUACCAGCUGGCGCUGGCGUACCACUACAACAGCCAGUUCGACGAGGCGGUUUUGCAGUUCGGUAAAUCCGUAGAAGUCAUUGACAAGAGGAUGGCAAUGCUUACGGAGCGAAUAAAGAAGGCAGAAAGUGGGUCCCCUGAAGAUGAGAAGGAGAUCGAAGAACUGAAGGGACUUCUUCCUGAAAUUAAAGAAAAGAUAGAAGAUUCAAAGGAGUCUCAAAAGAGUGCAAGAGUAGCUGAGCUGGCUCUGAAAGCAACUCUGGUUGGAACUACAUCUGGCUUUGCACAAAGUGAAGACAGUGGUUCUGUUUCCACAAUUCCAGUAAGAAAAGCAGCUGAUGGUGCAUCUCAGUGUGUUACAGACAUCUCUCACCUCGUCAGGAAAAAGAGGAAACCAGAGGAGGAGACUCAACAGGGAGACAAUGAAGCUAAGAAAUCUAAACCAGAACCGGCUGUCAAUGGUGGUGGUGGUGACGAUGCCCCCAGUGGAAAUGAGGUUGCAGAAAAAAUGGAAGAGGAGACAGAGAAAAGGCCACAAGCAGAAUCGGGGGCUGCAGUUGAAAGCACAGUAUGAUAAUUCUUUAACCUUGGACACUCCUCUCCUUACAAGGAAAAUGGUUUUGUAUAUAGUGUAUUUUUUCACUUUUUGGCAACUUUUGUAUGACUUCAAUAAAGAUUGUAAGCAAA